GGGGCAGCACGAAAGUGAAGAAAAGUAGCAUCCAUCCGGCACCAUAGCUGAGGCGCCUCACUUUAUUUUCACCUCCAGCAGCAAGUCCUUUUCCCCAGGAAACAAGUUUUUUUUAAACCAAAGGUGUGAGUAACUUGAAGGAACGGAAUAUUUCAGUUUUACAUUCCACUCUGCAGUAAUCCUUAGUCUUCUGGUGAUCUGAGGAUACAGUAACGAUUAGUUGUACAAUAUUGGAGGAAGCUACGGAAAGGGCUUAAGGAGCACUCAGAAAUCUCGAGGUGCUCACAGGACGACAGGAAUCCGAAAAGGGUGGAUCUAGCUGGGUUCUGUUCGGGCCAUGAUGGUGCACUGUGCAGGCUGUGAGAGGCCCAUUUUGGACCGAUUUUUGUUAAAUGUGUUGGACAGAGCUUGGCACGUCAAGUGUGUCCAAUGUUGUGAAUGCAAGUGUAACCUGACAGAGAAGUGUUUUUCCAGGGAGGGAAAGCUAUAUUGCAAAAAUGACUUUUUCAGGCGGUUUGGAACAAAGUGUGCCGGUUGUUUACAGGGUAUCUCCCCAAGCGACCUUGUAAGAAAAGCCAGAAAUAAAGUGUUUCAUCUGAACUGUUUCACCUGCAUGGUUUGCAACAGACAGCUCUCCACGGGAGAGGAACUUUAUAUCGUUGAUGAAAACAAAUUUGUUUGCAAAGAGGACUAUUUGAGCACAACCAAUUUUAAGGAAGCCAACGUAAAUUCAGUGUCCUCUUGUACAGAUAGAAGUUUAUCUCCGGAUCUUCAGGACCCCUGUCCAGAUGACACUAAAGAAACGGACAACUCCACUUCGUCAGACAAAGAAACAAACAACAACGAGAAUGAAGAACAGAACUCGGGAACCAAAAGGAGGGGCCCUCGGACUACCAUCAAAGCAAAACAGCUGGAGACAUUAAAAGCAGCGUUUGCGGCUACCCCCAAACCAACCCGACAUAUAAGAGAACAGCUAGCUCAGGAAACCGGGCUCAACAUGCGGGUGAUCCAGGUCUGGUUUCAGAACAGAAGAUCGAAAGAGAGGAGAAUGAAACAGCUGAGUGCUCUUGGUGCCAGAAGACAUGCGUUCUUCAGGAGUCCUAGACGUAUGCGGCCUUUAGGGGGUCGGCUAGAUGAGUCUGAAAUGCUAGGCUCAGCCCCCUACAAUUACUAUGGAGAAUAUCAAGGGGACUAUUAUGGACCAGGUGCAAAUUAUGAUUUCUUCCCUCAUGGCCCUCCCUCGUCACAAGCUCAGUCCCCUGCUGACUCCAAUUACCUUCAAACCUCAGGACCAGGUUCUAAUCCACUUGGACCACUAGAACCUCCUCUCCCAGGACAUCAUUCUUCUGAAAACCAAAGGUACACGGACAUGAUUUCCCAUCCUGACACCCCAAGCCCAGAACCUGGGAUUACAGGACCCCUGCACCCAAUCCCAGGGGAGGUUUUUAAUGGAGGGCCCAGUCCGCCAUUUUCUAUGUCUAGCAAUACUGCUUAUAAUGCUCCUCUGUCACAUCCAGGCCAAGAGAUGAACGAGACUGCAGUAUGGUGAAAGGUUGGGGUACUCAUGUACUGAACAUAUAUGGACACAGAACCCACCUUUUCUGUAUCUGGAUUAAAAAAGAAUCCUGGCAAGCAACUCCAAACCAGAACCAAAAGUAUUUUGACAGAUCAUCACUGAUACCAAAACAGUCUCUUCCAGACUUGCAGAAAGGACACCAAACUUGUUUGGACUGCAGUGCCAUUGUACCAAAUGAGUGGGAUCUGAGGAACAUGGUGUACCAAAAUAUCUGAGAUGAACAGAGUGUGUAGUUUUCCUAUCAAUAAAGGUUAUGUGCUGGGAACAUUCAGGACUUCCAGUGGUGGAAUCUUAUACUCACUUCCACUAAACUUUGGACCAAAAAAUGCGUAGCUGUCUACGUAAAUAAUUGCACCCUGUUUCAUAUUCAUUAUGUCAACUUUUGUGGGAAACCCUGCAUUUUUUAACUAAAAUUUGCAUCAUGUUAUGGUCCAUUAUAAGGAAAUGGAACGCCCAUCUGUUGAGAAUGUUGAGCAUGUCUACAGUGAACAGGUGGAAAGCAAUGUUUAUGAAGAAGACUGUUGCCCGGUGCCUUGGCAUCCCCAUGUUGCAGAUGUGAAAAUCACAUCAUCCUACACAGAAUGAAGAGAUGUUACCCUAUGGAAGCUGGUUUAUGAACCUUAAACUUGUUCAAUUCUUGUGCCUAGCAGAGUGUUAUGGGGUAGAGGUCAUUGAAAAGAAUAAUAAAAAAUACCAGAGUUCAAAUUCAAACGUUAAGAUCUGGAACACACAGCCCAAGCAGCAUAGCUGGUUACAGUUAUUAUUUACUUUUUAUCAGUAAGAGCCGCAGACCUGUAUAAAUAUCUUUGAAAAUAUGAACAGUAGGGAGUAUGCCAACAUUUUUGAACUUGAGUGCUUCUAGUUUCCUUACUUUGUAUAAAGAAAAUAAAUAAACUAUAUGGCUUUUGUUUUUACUGAGUAUUAUUAUUAUUAUUAUUAUUAUUAUUAUUAUUAUUUAUUCUAUUGUGCUCCUGUCAAAGCGGCUCCAAGUUUGUUUUUUUUUUGUUAUAUUUUUCAUUUGAUGGGAAGGGUGGGGUUAAGAGAAAAAUAAAUAAAUAUACACUGGUUGGAAUUGUUGUGGUUCUCCCCUGCCAUCUAAACAUGGUAUCAGUGCCACUGAUUCUGUUGUUUAAUGUGAAUAAAAUUGUUUUAGUUCA